GUCAAAAUAAGGUUUGGUGGUUUAUUUUAAGAAAAUAUAUCAUUUUGGCGUCAAAUAUUUUUCAAUUCGGCGUAAAUCAGAAAAUCGCUUCGGGCAACCCUGAGACAAGCUGUCAAAAAGUAACCUCGAAAUGUAUCGAACACAAACAGUCGGGCAGUUUUCUUUCUUUCUUUAGUUUGUUCCGUAAAAAUGCUAAGGAACCUAUUUCGUACCAGCCGGUGGCUGGCACAUAACCGAAUCGAUAUUUUUGCGCCAGUUUUAAUACGACACAUCUCUCGUGUUGGAACCUCCGAAAUUACGUAUAUUCAAUCAAAUCCAAUUCGCAAUCUUUCUGCUUCCCCAUCGGAUAAACUUGAAACAUCUGAACAUAUUGAACCGGCAGUGUUUGAAGAUAUCUGUAAUGAGACACUGGAAUCCCUGUGUGAAUAUUUUGAGGAAAUAAUAGACCAGUCGCCCAAUUUAAAGGGCGCUGAUGUUACAUACAGUGAUGGAGUUUUAACCAUUUCACUGGGAUCACAAUACGGUACAUACGUUAUAAACAGACAGACACCAAACAAACAGAUCUGGCUUAGUUCACCCGUGUCCGGUCCGAAGAGAUACGACCUCGUGCUGAAAGACGGAGGCUACUGGAUUUACAAACACGACAGUGUUGCUCUACAUAAGUUGUUACAAGACGAAAUAUCAAAAAUUGUUGACAUUAAGAUAACUUUCAAUAAAUGUGCACAUAGCUUAGUAUAAUAGUUAAUUGUUUUUGUUUUAAUUUAUUUGUUUUUUUUUUUUGACAAAAGUAUAUAGGUUUUAUUGUUUGCUUUUUUGUUUUAUUUUUACUAACACAAAAUGGAGGUGAUUGAGGAUGGUAAUAUUAUGGACAGAAUACCAAUCUUACUACAGAGGGACUUGGAAUAUUAUCAGACAAACCAGACGGUUUUGUCUGAAACCGUCUGCCCCAGUGUAGUAGGUGGCCGGCUGGACUUCCCACGUAACGCCUCAUUCGCAGCUGUGAAAAUAGUAUUGUGGUUGGAAGAGGAAUUCUCCAUUGCUUUCAAGCACGGCUCUGGCAUGUUUGUCACAGUAGAGACCGAAGACAGCGCUGAUGUUGGCGUGGCUAAAACUUCAGAUCCUGACAAGUUCGUCCAAUUGGCUAUCAAGUCCAGUGAUUCGUUGCUUGAGCAUCUUCACGUAUUAGUUCAAGAGGCGCUGGACCACGCAGACUUACCUGUUCUGACUGCAACUCUGGGAGCUGCAGCUCUGUUGAAAAAUAGCUUGUUCUGCUAUCUGCAGCAUGCCGACGAUAUGGCCAGUGCUGAGAGUCAGUCUAUGCUGCAGGCAUGCUACAAGCGGUUCGUCACCAUGUCGGAGGCGGUAGGGGAGCGCGUGCUGGACUUGCACACGCGCGUGCUGUCGCUGUACGUGCUGCAGGAGGCGGGCGGGCGCGGGGUGCUGGGGGCGGGCGCGGCCGUGCACCACGCCGGCACGCCUGCCGUGCAGGGCUGCUGGCUGUACAUGGGGGG